UUGAUUCUCCGGGGAUCCUGCGCUGUUACUGCUCUACACCACAGCAUCAAGACUCUGAACAACUCACUGCAAAGACUACUGUUAAAACAACCUGUUCAUUUACUCAGAACAACAAGGUGAUGGAGAUCCACGCGUCUGCUGUGAUUCUGCUGCUGAUCUUGGCUGCUUCUUUCACUGCUAAUGGUCAGCCAGAUGAUAUAAAGCCUCGUUAUCAAAAAUUCCUCAAUCAGCAUUUGGGUCCUCAUGUGAAUGAGCAUGCUUGUGACAGAGAAAUCAGAAAUAGAGGAAUCACUGCGUCUGGAACUACAAAUGGCUGCAAAGAAGUCAACACUUUCAUACAAGCAAAUAAGAAAGAUAUUAACGUCGUUUGUGGCAAAGGAGGAACUCCACAGGGCAAUAAUCUGUUUAAGAGCAACCAGCGUUUUCCUCUGGUCACGUGUAAAUUACAAAGUGGCCAGAGACACCCAAAUUGUAAAUAUAGAGGGAACAAGUCCACUCGUUACAUUGUUUUGGGGUGCGAUAGAGGAUGGCCUGUACAUUAUGAUGAAGGCAUAACUAAUGCAUAGAUGACAGGCGAAAUAGAGCCUCACAAAGAUUUACAAUAUUUUGCUAAUAA